AUGGCAGUGCACUUUCCAUACGGUGUCGGCUGGAUGAUUGGUUUCUUUGUAAUCGUCGAGCUGUCCGGCGUCGGUAAUAAGGGGGCUAUUAUCACUAUGGUUGGCAACUUGGCGUCUCCAUUCGCACAGGCCUUGACGCUCGUAAUUAACCAGCCUCUUAACUUAACGACAGCUCGUAUCCAAGCUGACGAUAACUCGAUCCGAACGGACCUCACGUACGCGGUGCUGAUCAUGUAUGGCAUGACGAUUUUUUCAUGGUCCUUCCUUGUGUUCCUGCCUCCCCAGAAGAAAGAGACGCAGGAGCUGCUUCGUACGGGCGGAAGUAGCAAGAUUCUUGGAGGCCUCACAGUGUUCUACGUUAUGUUCGCGUUCAUCUGGUACCUCAUGACGAACAUCAUGGCUAUGUACGAGUCCACCUCGUGUUUGAUUAUUGCUGGUGGCAAGGAAUGCUAA